AUGGCUCGUUCUCUCUCUGUUUCACUUUCUCUCUCUAAAGGCCGAUUCACCGGAGCUGUAGCCUCUCUCCUCCCUUCAUCGCACCUCUUAUCCUUCCGAUCCCAAUCCUCCGGUCGUCGGGCUAGCCACGGCGGCGACCUGUACGAAAUCGAUACCGCCGCCUCUCAAUCGCCUUCGGAUCCGUUGAUUCAGAAGCUCGAAGACGCCGUUCACCGGAUAUUUGUCCGCCGAGCAGCACCUGAUUGGCUCCCGUUUGUUCCCGGUGCUUCGUAUUGGGUCCCGCCUCCUGGAUCUGGAUCUCAAACUCAUGGGAUAGCUCAGAUCGUUGCGAAGCUGGCGAAUCCGUUAACCCACGAAGAAUCGCUCUCCACCAAUUCGUCUCGCGGAUGGCCUUCCUCUGAUUAUUUCCUUAAAGGUGUACAACCUCAAUUGAUAGAGACCAAGAGGGAGACGACUUCAAAGACCGAGUCUCACUCUGAGGAUGAGGAAGGGUAA